AUGCACGACGCCCGAUACAUCGGAUCUGAAGGCUAUACCCAAAACUGUGUCAUCUCAGAGGAACAGAAAGUGGUGAGUGGGGAAGGGCACACGCUUUUUACUAGAACAGUUGCUCGGAGGAACAUGAAACUCUGGCCCCAAAAUCCACCCACGUUCACGGAUGCAUUGGAUCAGUACACCGAAGAAAUUCAGAGAGUGGCAAACAUUGCGUUUGAGUCAAUAGGAAAGAGUUUGAAACUUGAUAAACUCAGUGACAAUUUUAAGGAUUGCCAGCAAUCAAUAAGAAUUAACUACUACCCUCCAUGUCCUCAUGCAAGCAAUGUGGUGAGACUUGCCCCACACACUGAUAGUGUAGGCCUAACAGUGUUACUUCAAGUGAAUGAAGUUGAUGGAUUGCAGUUUAAAAAGAAUGGUGUUUGGCUUCCAAUCAAUCCACCCCCUGGUGCUCUCAUUGUUAACUGUGGAGAUAUCAUUGAGAUAAUGAGCAAUGGGAAAUACAAGAGCCUUGAACACAGGGCUGUUGUAAAUUCAGAGCAAGAACGCUUUUCAAUUGGCACAUUUCAUGGCCCGAGCGUUGAGGCCCACUUCCUGCAGAGACACCUGGGAAAAGUGAACCAGUUUACUAUAAGACUGUUAGCUUCGAGGAUUAUUAUAGGAUGGUGUUUGCUCAUAUAG